AUUAUCCCUCAGCACCAAAACGAAACGUCGGAGAGAGAGAGAAAAAGAGAGCUCAAAUUCUGGGAACGCCUCUUACUUUCCACAAACUACUACUUUGAAACACGAUCGGUCCGUUCAUCGAUCCUCAUCUUUCUCAGACCUUCAGGUACCAUCGAAAGAUUUGAUCUUUAUGGGCCUUAUAAAAUCCUACCAGUCAAAGUCUCUUCGGUGAUAUUCAUAAAGUUGAUAUAAUUCUGUUUUUCUCUUCUUGUCGCUAAAUUUGACUAAAGUGGGAGCCUUUCCAGUGUUCUGGUUGCAUAGCAACUUGUCUGCAUUAGACGGUGGUGAAUACAUGUUGUAAGAAGAGGCCUCUGGUUUUAUAAGUGACAUUGACUUCACAGUUUGUCUGUGGUUGGAGUGCGUGGAGUGGAUUUCCAGCUAUCUUGUUGAGCUAGUUCUUAUCAAGUCUUGGGGGGUGUGCGAAUUCAGUUUUGCCUAAACAGUUUUCUGGACGGCCAAGUGUUUUUAUACUGUUCAGUCCUUUGCAUUUCUCUAAGGAUAUAAAUUGGCUGUAAUGCAAGGACAGAGGAGGGCCCUUGAUUCUGUUCCUGAAACCGUGGAUCUUAACCAGGAAUCUGUUCCCAAUAACACUAUUGUGGAUGAGUCGGCUUGGAACAACAUGCUAACUCCAGUAGAAAGCCGGUUGUCAAAUUACAUGCUUUCUUCUGGUGAGGGGAAUUCUAGUUGCAUGAAUGCCAGUCAUAAUUCUCGAAGUUUUAGUGGCUGGGACCUGGGUGCAUCUAGUUCUGGUGCGAAUUUACGAGACCAGAUCUCUAAUGAUGGAUUAGAGGUGGAACAUGGUUGGUCAUCUGCAUUUAGUGCUCGUGCUGGGGUUGAUACAAGGAUAGAUGGACGAUUUGAACCAUCUAAUUUCCUUCUUCGUGAGAGUGGUAGUAGUAGCUCCGGUGGCACACCGAUUUCUGGUGGACAUUUGAGUAUGCAGAGUUCGGGUACGAAUCGUAUUUCUCUGAAUGUGAAUUUAAAUGCUGCUGGGUACAUGGGCAACAUUGAUGAUGGUGAUUGGGAUAGGGUAGCUUCUGACAAUGUUGAGACUUCUUCUGAUAAUUCUGGAUAUUUGGUAGAGGAUGAGGAUGGAUCAGCUUCUUUUUCGAGCAGCUGGGGUUUAUCCUGCAAGAGAAAGGCUCUUGAAGGUACUUCUGCACAGUCUUACUCAGUUGGAAGUUCAAGCUGCUUUCCACAAUCUGAGCACAUUGCGCGACAUACUGUUCCUGCUCGUUAUCAUGCUUCUAGCAGCUUAAAUAUAACUUCACCCCCAAUAAUCUUGCCCAGGGUUAGUAAUUCUGAACAGCUGAACACGAGAAUUGGGGUUGGUACAAGAGUAGCCACAUUUGAUGCAUCUCCUACUUCAAGUGUUACUGGAAUUGCAGAAAACUCCACAACAAAUUUUGGUGUUAGACUGCAUGUGGGACAGCAGGAAUCUGGUCCAUUUGACUUACCAUUGACAGGGACCACCAUAAGGCGUUCGAGCAUUUGCUCUUCCGACCAGGCAUCUAGAGGUAUCACAUUCUCUGAUUCUCUGGAUUUGAGACCAACAGCUUCUGUACCAGUUGAUUCAAGUAAUCCGCCAAAUCAGCCUCAUUUAAUGCAUGCUCCUGGUUUGCCAAGAAAUAUGCUUCCAGUCCCUUGGAAUGGAGCUUUUAAUCCAAGAGCCGGAAGUUCAUCAGGUUCUCAUAUGCUUUCUGGAGAUAGAGUUGGGGCAGCACGGGAUGAACCGAACUUGAGAAGCACACUGAGAAAUAAUGCAGCAGAGCAUUCCAUGUUUGUUUCUGCAACUGAGUCAAGAAAUUUGGUUCAAGACCCUGCUAACUGGAAUUUAGCUGCUGGAAGUUCAAGCUCGUCAGGAGGUGUUCCUUCCAGUUCUCGAAUUCGCACUGGUUCCGGUUUACGUUCUUUUCCUCAUGUUUGGUUUCCUCAUCACAGCCCCCCAACACAAAAUAAUCAGAGAUUACCAGAAUUUACUCCAUGGCCUCCAUUUACUUCUGUUGAAUCCGACUCUGGAGGUCAGAGAGGUCAAUUUUCCCCGUGGCCUUCAGGCCCGUCUUCUUCCUCUGAGGUGACAGCCAUGUCACCUGGACCUAGUAGCCGGGGCCAUCAUCAGCCCCAUCCAAGGUCAGCGUUUUUGAUGGAGGUACCAGCUGAUGAUAUUAAUGGUUGGCGCUCUUUAGCUGCUGACAUUGAGGGGAGACAGAGGCUGGUAUCCGAGAUUCGUCAAGUUUUGAAUGCUAUGCGGAGGGGUGAGAACUUACGUGCUGAGGAUUAUAUGCUUUUUGAUCCAUUUAUAAAUGGGGUAGCAGAGUUGCAUGACAGGCAUAGAGAUAUGAGGCUUGAUGUCGAUAACAUGUCUUAUGAGGAAUUGUUGGCACUGGAAGAGCGCAUAGGAAAUGUGAACACUGGUUUGAGUGAGGAAACUAUUUUGGGUUCUAUGAAACAGAGAAAGUAUCUUUCCAUUGCCAUUGGAUCCUUGUCAAUUUUGGAACCAUGCUGUAUAUGUCAGGAGGAAUAUAUUACUGGAGAUGAUAUUGGAAUGUUGGAUUGCGGGCACGAUUUCCACACCAAUUGCAUUAAACAGUGGUUAACUCUGAAGAAUCUCUGCCCCAUUUGUAAAAUGACUGCCUUGCAGAAUUGAUCGUGAUGCCCCCGCUGCUAUUGAUUUCCAAAUUGUUUUCCUCCCUGCGAACCGGUCAUUACACCAUUGCUUUGGUUGGUAACAUAUUGUUCUAUCUUAAUACUCUACCUUUUCAUUGCUCAUGAACUGUGUGGGUUUCUAAAAGGUAUAGAGGACUUUAAGCUACCAAAAAAAUUGAUAACUAGAGAAAGGUAUUUUUCUGUACCUUUGGAUACAUUGAAGCUUUUAAGUUAUAAACAUUUGCUGAAAUGAUGAUAUCAGUGACAUUAUCAAGUUUUUAGAACAAGGUGGGAUGUGAUACUAAUUUGCAUGGAGGCUUUAUUUUAUUUGACAAGCGUUACGUGCUUAUACUUUUCUGUUAGUAUGUUGAAUUUCGCUUGUGGUUAUUAUUACUUUGCAAAUGGA